UCUGGAUAAUACUUGACCAGUUGGAAAAUCCCCAUUCUGGCUGCCUCGAUAUAAACUUGGAUGAAAGGAGGGUCCCACAGCUCCCACGGAGACCUGCAGAAGGAUGAAGUCACGUUUAAUCCUGUUGCUUGGUUCUCUCUGUGUAACUAUAAACUUCUCCAGGUCACACGAGGAUCAUGACCCCGCCCCGGAGAACGUGCUCUAUGGAGUCAGGGCGACGCAGUCAACUACCUACUCGAAAUACGGAAGCGCAGACAACGCCAUCGAUGGGAAUCACGACAAUGAAUUCAGUCAUUCGUCGUGCAGCAGCACCAACAGCCAGUGCAACCCCUGGUGGCGUGUGGAUUUGCAGAGACACUAUCGCAUCUACGUGGUUAGCAUCACCAACCUGAACAGGAGACCGGACAGGCUGAAUGGAGCCGAGAUCCGGAUCGGCGACUCACUGGAGAAAAAUGGAAACAACAAUACCCUUUGUGCAAAGGUCAACCACAUUCCAGCAGGACAGACUGCCUACUUUUACUGCGAGCCCGCUGGUGUUCACGGUCGGUACUUGAACAUCUUUCUGCCGAGAUGUAGGACUUACCUCACGCUGUGCGAGGUGGAGGCGUUCGGAGCCCACGAUCCACAUUGAUGUACCUUCUGAUAAUCCGGCGCUUCCGGCCUCUGCAAUGGACCCAGACAGAGACGGAUCUAGCUCCAUAUCCCGGAUGAUGUGGGCCGAACUAAGGCUUCAAGCAGCAGUUUUCACAGCAAGCCUCUCUCUCUCUCUCUCCCUAUUUUGUAGCCGAGCUUGGAGUGAAGAACAACAGCUGGUGGUGGUGCGGGUAUAGAAAGCACGUCACCACGGAACCGUCCGGCAGUACGGCAUCUUCGAAGCCUUUGUGAGGGACCGAUGUGCGUUGUCCGGUUCACCGCCCGCUGCCUGCGCUGGUCUUCCCUCACUCAUAUCGUAUGUGUUAAUCACACUCUAUGGCAAUUGUGGCAAAUUAAAUCAGCGAAACAGCUUCUG